AUGACCGAUAUAGCAUGGGGACAUGUUACUGAGGGUAUUGAUAAAGAUGGAAAGAAAAUAUUAACUUCUCGUCAUUGUGGCAAGGUUCCUAGAGGUGGAGGUAUUUUCCAAAUGAAGCAACACCUAGCAAGAGUAAAGGGGGAUAUUGGAAAGUGCCCAAAGGUUCUGUAUGAUGUUAAAUUUCUUAUGUAUGAAGCACUAAAAGAAAUAGGGGUAAAGAAUAAAGAAAAGGAAGAUUUUCAGAAGUAUGCAAGUCCUUAUGGUGCUACGUUACAUGAAUUUAAGGGUGAUAAGUUAGAUGAAGAAUGUGAAGAGGUCUCUCCAUCACAAAUGACCAUGAAUGAAGGUGGUAGUAGUGGCGAUAAAAAACAAUGUAUGAGCACUAAGAGAAAGAAACCUACAGCAAUUAGUAAUUAUUUUGCUCCACGAACUACUUUUGGGUCUCAACCAUCAAUUAGGAGUGUUUUAGCUGGAAAAGAAGCAAUGUGGAGAGCAAACAUGACUGUUGCACAGUUCUUUUAUGAUACUUGCAUCCCGAUGAAUGUUUUAAAUUUAAUUUAUUUUCAGUCUAUCUUGGAUGUUGUAGUUGCAAUUGGCUCUGGGUAUAAACAACCUACUUACAAUGUUAUACGUGUGAAUUUAUUGAGAGAUGCUAAGAAUGAAGUGCAAUUACUUGUUGACAGUUACAAGAAUAUUUGGGAAGAGGUUAGAUGUACAUUAAUGAUUGAUGGUUGGACUGAUACUUCCCAUAAGUCUUUGAUUAAUUUUCUUGUAUACUUUCCUCAAGAUGUUUGCUUUACAAAAUCAGUAGAUGCUUCAGGUAUUGUAAAGGAUGUCUUUACAUUGUUCAAGUUGUUUGAGGAUAUGGCUUUAUCGGUUGGACCAACUAAUAUGGUCCAUAUUGUCACAGAUAAUGGAGCAAAUUUUAAAGUUGUUAGAAGAAUGUUGUCUGAGAAGUAUGAGAAUAUUACUUGGUCACCAUGUGUAGGACAUUGCAUAAAUUUAAUUUUGAAAGAUAUAGCUGAGUUGGACCACAUAGUACAUCUUGCAAAACGGUUGGAAAGAAAUUAUAUGACUGGGUGCAACUCGUUUUCCUACCACUUUCAUGGCAUUAAGAAGUCUCCAAUCCAUGAGCACAAACAUGACUUGCAAGCUAUGGUGACAGAUAGAUUUUUUGUGGACUCUCGACAUGCCAAAAAUAGUAAAGGCAAGGAUGUUAUUCCCAUAAUUCUAGAUAAUGAAUUCUGGGAUGACAUGGGUAAAGUGUCCAAAAUUGUGGCUCCUUUGUAUGACCGUGUAACUUUCUACAAGAAACCAGAGGUCAUGAGUGGUUUCCUUGAUAUUGUCAACAAUAAAGCAAGUGCAUUCAAGGAUGUGUUACAAGAAAACAGUUGUGAUCCUAUUGAUUAUGAAAGCAUCGACAAAAUAGAAUUUUGGAAUGCUGACGAUGAACAGGAGUGUGGCGAAUUCAAUUUAGAUGAAUUGGAGCAAGCACUUUAUGAAGAAGGAUCUAUUCCUAUCGAUGUUGGAGAUCACCCCUACUAUGAUUCAACAGAUGUUUCACAAGGAAUUGAGAUGGAUGAUGGGACUCAUGGGAGUUGA